ACAAAAAAUAACACACAACGCACUGGUUACAACGCGAUUUGUCUUCGUUUGUAUAUUGUAUAUACAAAAAAAAAAAAAAAGAAAUACACGAAACUAUGGCAAAACAACCAAUUUUAAAGGAAUUGGAAUAUUUUGUGAACGGUGCAACGACGGCUACAUCAAUCAGCCCAUCUGGAUUAUCACAUUUAGUGCAUUGUGGCUUAAAUUUACUGCAAAAUUUGCCGGCAUCAAAAGAUGCUGUCUUCGAAUACUUUACAAUAUUUUUCGAUGCAUCGGUUGCCGGCUAUGUGAAAUUGAUAGAGCAAAAAGAUCCGAAUCUGGUUGCAUCAUAUGACAGCACCGUUGGCGAGGUUCAGGAUGUCUUGGAAACUCUAAUCAAUCAAGGACAACAUGCAUGGGUACCAUAUAUAUCGGCAUGGAGCAUCAAAUCACUCGGUGUAUUGUCAAAGAAAUAUAAACGAUCUGACAACAGAGAUAUCGCAUCGACAUGUAAUCUUUGGUUGGGUUCGAGUGCAAUGCGAUGCCUUUUAGCAGUAACUGUGUCCUGUUUUGAAAAAGUUAAUGCAAACGAAGAGGAAAAUUUCAUCGAAUUUCUGCUAAACGGUUAUAUGCAAAAUCCGGCCAGUUUUGAUUGGGUUGUUGCCCGACUCGGUAGCUGCUUUCCACAGAAAAUUAUCGGCAGAGUUUUAAAUUGUGGCCUCAAACUACAGACCGAUGGAUUUGGUCUUGAUACCGAAAUUGGUAUAUUAUCAUAUUUAGCAUUUGUACAAGAUGUCCAACUGAAAACUGUACUCAAUGAAAUGGUUAAGAGCACGCUUUAUGAAAAAUCACAAACCAAUCAGUUGAAGAAUACAAUACCAUACUUUUUCACGUUGGCUGGUAAAUCGGAUGUAAUACUACAGCAAAUGGUCUCCGUUUUCUUGGACAUAUACGAUGAUAAAUUCGUUGAGGCGCUGAACGAUCAAAUAAAACUUUGGCCAUCCAAUUCCAACGUAAAAGACAUGCCAUCGUUGACAUCGUUAUUAUUGCGCAUUCGAAAGGGUGCAACAAGAGUGAUUUUAAUAAUUGCCGAAGUGGCCGAACAAAGUACAUGGUGUCAUAAUUUGCUUGAGUCAGUUUUACAAGAGAUAUUCACAUUGGUCAACGAUAAUAAUCGAAUGUGCCCCAUAUUAUCCGAUGUUCUCGAACAAAGUUCACAAGAUCUCUUGAUAUCAACGAGCGUUGCAAAAUCAUUAAUUAAACGACAAACAGCAAUUCGAUUGAUUUUAUUGGCAUCGAAACAAUCGACACAUAUCUAUCAUCAUUCCGUCACCGAAUUAUUGGCAUAUGCCAAUCAUACAGAAAACAUUAAUCCCAUUGAAGCGCUCAUUCGUCUUAUGUCCGGUGCAAAUUUUUCAAAUGAUAAUGUUGGCCUAAAACCAGGCGUUACCAUUGCUUUGGAGCGUCUUUUGAUUGACGAAUUCAAAAUGGAAGACGAUAGCAUCGAACGCAAUUUGAAUGUUUUGCAAAAUUUGCUAUUUCUUGUGUGUUUGGAAAAAUAUGGGAGUUCAAUUCAUUUGAAAGAAUCAUUGCUAACCAAAACAUUAACACACUGUGAUACCACACUUAUGGAAAUUGCCAAACGAUACUUAACGAAGGCAAUGGAAUAUGUGUCAUUCAUAAAUGCAUCAAAAUUAUUGUCGUUCGAUUACAUCGACGAUGAACCAGUAUCGAAGAAAAUUAAAACCGUCGAAUCGAAAUUGAAUCGGAAAGAAAAAUGCUAUAAAUAUACAAUUACUUACAAAAGACACAUUCAUGCGGUGAUGAGUCUACUGGACAUAUUGGAAAUUGGCAAAAAAGAUCAACCACUUGCAAUGGACAAAUGCAUCAAAUGGGCCGAAUUGAUUGUUAAAUAUUUCUUCUGGUGCCUCACUGAAACAGAUGUGAGCUGUCGACAAAUUGCUGUUGAAAGAGUUUACUCAUUGCUGACGCGUCAGUGUUGCGGUCGUAAAUAUUCUCGUAUAACUGCAUUGCGUGAAUUGUUGGAAGGUGCAUUGUAUUCGUAUGGAAAUUUGUUUGGCGUUCAUCUGGACAUUGACUUUGAUAAAAGUGUUCAGAGCAAAAAACGUGACAAUCGUUUACUCAUCAAAAUGAAUCAAAUGCAAAACAAUACACCAAACAAUAUUCGGUCAUUUUUGCAUGCUGGCAUCAUUGGACAAGGUUUGAAAUUGCCAACAAAAGAAGCAUCAUCACCGGAUGCCGACAUACGAAACAUGCUACUACGAGCUAUGAUCGCUUGUUGCAAACAAGACGACGUUGCAAAGACGAUCGAUGGUUUUUCGUCAAUUUCAUCGUUGCUCGUUGAAAUGAUUUCGCCCGAUGUUAUGUACAACGGUUUACCAUGGCCGGAUGAGGAAUUUUCAAAAAUAACAAUGGAACGUGAUCUGCACAUUCGGCGAACGUUUAAAAAUGCACCAGUUCUAUGGUCAAUAUUAGCAUUGAUUUCAAAUCAUCGGCCAUCAUUGUGUUUUACAUCAGUAUUACUCCGUGCAAUUUGUGCAACGCUAUUGCAUCAAUGGCGUGCCAAAUCCGUUUUACACAAUCAGACUGUUGAUAAUAAUCGCGAAUUGUUCAAUGUCACGAAAAAUGUGCUGGAAAUAAUGGCAAUGGGACAAAUAUUAUCGGGACCGUUGGCAUAUCUUCAUGUAGUCGUUGAACACUUUGAACCAUUUGAAAUUGUGGUUGUGCUUAAAGAAUGCGUAUGGAAUUUUAUGAAAGAAAAUACACCAUCACCAUUACCAUACAAAGUGGCACCGAACGGAUUGCACUGGAAAGAUCCCAGCACAGAAACGAUUUUGCCACAAUUUAUCGAUCCGCUGAGAAAUAUUAUGCAAAGGAAAUUACCAAAACUCGGAAUGCUUUAUUAUUAUAUGUUUGUUGCGUCCGAACUUGAAAUAUCAAAUCAAACAAAUAAUAGUUAA